AUGAAUGUGUGGCAGUGGAUCGCGACUGUGCUCUUGGUGCUUCUGGGCGGAUGGGCUUACGUCUCGUCCAAGCCAUCUUCGGCCAACGGGGAUGCUCCCACCUCGAAGCGAAAGCCCAAGAAAAAGAGCAAGAAGAAGAAGACGGGACAAGACACAAGCGCGACCGCAAACGAAAACAACAGCCAAGGCAAGGACGAGAGUAGCAAUGGUGACGAAGAAGACAAACCCAACGAUGCCGCGCCGCCUACGAUUGCCGACUACUUCGACGAGUCCGAUUCGGACGACGAUGGACUAUCGGCGUCGCAAGUCCUGUCGCAAAAGCAUUUCGGGACCGCAUUGCUUGGAGGCAGUCGCAAACUUCGUCCUACUGCGCCAGUGCUACAGCUCCACGAGGGCCAGCGAGUGUUGGCAAGGUUCAAGCAGCAGUCAGAAUGGUUUCCUGGGACGGUCACAAAGGUGCAACGAGGCAACUUGUACAUCAUCACGUACGACGAUGGCGAAGUUGAAUCGAAGGUUCCGAUUCAGUACAUUCGUGUGACGAACCAGUCGAACGGAGGAACUGGCGACCAGGACGGCGAAGGAGGAAGCAAUGAAGGCAGCUCGAGCGACGUGGACGAAGAAAACACGCAGGACAACGAGUGGGAAGUCGUAUCGGCAAAAGUGUACAAGAAAAAACCUGUGUUGAGCGCGCAGGAGGCGGCGGCGGCGGCGCAUCCGUCCGGUUUGACCAAGAAGCAGCGCGAGAGUCGACGCCGAAAGGAAAAACUCAAGGAGCAAAAGGAGCUCGUCCGCAGCCAAGCGCAGGAAUCGGGGCUGCACGCGCGAUGGGGCGGUACCAAGAACACGUGGCGGGCAUCGUAA